AUGCGGGAACUACCAGAGCCUGCCGGUGACACGCUGAACCCGGAACAAGCGAGCUCAGCGCUUGACCAAGAACUCGACCUCGCCAUUGCCGAGUAUGCUGGCGAAUUGAAGCGCUUCAGUGAUGUUUUUGACACCACCGCUAGUCUUUUGCCCUUCCAAGAAGUACCGCUCGAGGAGGUUGCACGAGCUCUUGCAGCUACUCCUACGACUGAGAAUGAUGUACAUGCCAGAUCUUGGGCUGCAGCUGUUAGCACGCCCGAUAAAUUCACCUACCGGGUUUCUGAAGGCACCACAACUUUUGAUCAACAAACGACGGAAAAUGAAGCCAGGCACACACAUGCAGCGAAUAAUUCCCACAGAGGCAGCGGUUCUCGAGGAAGAGAUCGCAGCGUAUUCGCCAUCAAAUCAAGAGGGAGCAAGACAUGGCUCUAG